GUCGUGAUGAAUGAGUGGACUUUUCGCUCCCAAAAAUGCCCUUCAUUUUGCUUGAAGAUUCAGACGCCAUCUUCAGCAUUCCCCUGCGAUUCUCUGAAGAGCGUCUCCAGAGGAUUUGAAGACAAGAAAUCUUGUGAGUUGGUCUUGAUAAGGGUGUUUUCCCCAUGGAUGCUGUUGAAGAAGAAUCUAAGUGCGAUUGCACGCAAGGUAUACCUAAGAAGGAAGAGGGGUCAUCAGUUGGCAUAAAGGUGUUGUUUUUUGCCAGAGCUCGUGACUUGACUGGGUUGAGUGAUGUGCACCUGGAGGUCCCAUCUGGUAGCACCGCAAGUGACUGUUUGAAUGAGCUUGCUGUAAGAUUUCCGGGCCUGGAAGAGAUCCGUCAAUGCAUAGUUCUGGCACUGAAUGAAGAAUAUGCAAGCGAAACAACUGUUAUUAAGGAGAAUGAUGAACUGGCCAUCAUCCCUCCCAUAAGCGGGGGAUGAUUUUUUGCGGUAGCAAUCAUCAUCCGCAAACACAAGCUAUUAUGUCAUACAUGUUCAAUCUAGAUUGAGGUGUACUGUUGAAAUUACGAAUACCCAGAUAUUUGGUGUGUAAUUUGUUUGUUUCAAACACCAUUUCCUCCUUGUAUGGAACGCUGUAAAGAUUGACUCCUGAUGUGCAUUUGUAUAAGGAAAAACCGUCAAGGACCAAUUCUUGAAAUGGCAUUUUUUUAAUAAAGUUUACAAUCUGACAAA